AUGGGAACGAAAGGAGUGAGGCGGUGCAGGAAUUCGAGCACCCGGGGGUUUGACCUGCACAGCCUAACACCUACUGAUUUUUCCCACUGCAUUCCAUCCUUUUUGACUAAUUUCAAAUUGCUCACAUGUGCUGGCGUCCUCUGUUGCUUGAUAUGGAAUGGAUUUGCCCAGCAAGGUGGAAGCGACUGCAUAAAAGCAAAUGCAAAGUCAUGUGGGGAAUGUAUACAAGCAGGACCAAACUGUGGCUGGUGUAAAAAAACAGACUUUUUGCAAGAAGGAGAGCCAACAUCUGCCCGGUGUGAUGACUUGGCAGCACUGAAGAGUAAAGGCUGCCCUUUGGAAGAUAUAGAAAAUCCCAGAGGCAGCAAACAGCUGCUCGAAAACAGAGAGGUAACAAAUCGUAAGAAAGGUGCUGCAGAGAAGCUGAAACCAGAAGCCAUUACCCAGAUCCAGCCACAGAAAUUAUCACUGCAUCUCAGAGUCGGGGAACCCCAGACAUUUUCAUUAACAUUCAAGAGAGCUGAAGACUACCCCAUUGACCUUUAUUAUCUUAUGGACCUCUCCUAUUCUAUGAAAGAUGAUUUAGAGAAUGUGAAAAGUCUCGGAACGGCUCUGAUGUUAGAGAUGGAAAAAAUAACUUCAGACUUUCGGAUUGGCUUUGGCUCUUUUGUGGAGAAAACUGUGAUGCCUUAUAUAAGUACAACACCAGCCAAACUCAGAAAUCCUUGUACAGGAGACCAGAACUGUACAAGUCCAUUUAGCUAUAAAAAUGUGCUCAGCCUUACCAGUGAAGGAAACAAAUUCAAUGAACUUGUAGGUAAACAGCACAUUUCUGGGAACUUAGAUUCUCCUGAAGGUGGAUUUGAUGCAAUAAUGCAGGUUGCAGUUUGUGGGGAACAAAUUGGCUGGAGGAAUGUUACAAGACUAUUAGUGUUUUCCACGGAUGCUGGAUUCCACUUUGCAGGAGAUGGCAAACUUGGUGGAAUUGUUCUGCCAAAUGAUGGGAAAUGUCAUCUGGAAAAUAAUGUGUACACAAUGAGCCACUAUUACGAUUAUCCCUCUAUUGCUCAUCUGGUACAGAAACUUAGUGAGAACAAUAUUCAGACAAUCUUUGCUGUAACUGAAGAGUUUCAGGCAGUCUAUAAGGAACUGAAAAAUCUGAUACCAAAAUCAGCAGUGGGAACAUUGUCUUCAAAUUCCAGCAAUGUGAUUCAGCUGAUCAUUGAUGCAUACAAUUCCCUUUCUUCAGAGGUUAUCCUGGAAAAUACUAAGCUACCAAAAGGAGUGACAAUCAGUUACAAGUCCUUCUGCAAGAAUGGAGUGAAUGGCACACAAGAAGAUGGAAGGAAGUGUUCUAACAUUUCAAUUGGAGAUGAGGUCACAUUUGAGAUUAAUAUAACAGCUAAUGAAUGUCCAAAGAAAGAACAAAAUGAAACAAUUAAAAUUAAACCACUGGGAUUCACUGAAGAAGUGGAAAUUAAUCUCCAGUUCAUCUGUGAGUGUCAGUGUCAAAGUGAAGGAGAACCUAAUAGUCCAGCCUGCCAUGCAGGAAAUGGAACGUUUGAAUGUGGUGCGUGCAGAUGUAAUGAAGGGCGAAUAGGAAGACUAUGUGAAUGUAGCACAGAUGAAGUAAAUAGUGAAGAUAUGGAUGCUUACUGCAGGAGGGAGAACAGCACAGAAAUCUGCAGUAACAAUGGAGAGUGCAUUUGUGGACAAUGCGUGUGCAAGAAAAGGGAAAACACCAAUGAAGUGUAUUCUGGCAAAUACUGUGAAUGUGACAACUUCAACUGUGAUCGAUCAAAUGGUUUAAUCUGUGGAGGAAAUGGGAUCUGCAAGUGCAGAGUGUGCGAGUGUUUCCCCAACUUCACUGGCAGCGCCUGCGAUUGUUCCUUGGAUACUACACCGUGUAUGGCAUCUAAUGGGCAGAUUUGCAAUGGAAGAGGAACCUGUGAAUGUGGCACCUGUAACUGUACAGAUCCCAAAUUCCAAGGCCCCACAUGUGAAACGUGUCAGACUUGCCUCGGUGUCUGUACAGAGCACAAGGACUGCAUUCAGUGCAGAGCUUUCGACAAGGGCGAGAAGAAGGAGACGUGUUCUCAGGAGUGUAUGUAUUUCAACAUGACGCGCGUGGAGAGCCGGGACAAGCUGCCGCAGCCCAACCAGCCCGACCCCCUGUCCCACUGCAAGGAGAAGGACGUCGAUGACUGCUGGUUCUACUUCACUUACUCUGUCAACUCGAAUGGUGAAGUCAAUGUCCACGUGGUGGAGACCCCAGAGUGCCCCAGUGGUCCUGACAUCAUUCCCAUUGUAGCCGGUGUGGUUGCUGGAAUUGUUCUCAUUGGACUUGCAUUAUUAUUGAUUUGGAAACUACUAAUGAUCAUUCAUGACAGAAGAGAAUUUGCUAAAUUUGAAAAGGAGAAGAUGAAUGCCAAGUGGGAUACGGGUGAAAAUCCUAUUUACAAGAGUGCAGUGACGACUGUGGUCAAUCCUAAAUAUGAGGGAAAAUGAACACUGCUUGUAUAACUUCACGACACUGUAUGCAGUAUAGCAACUUUUGUAGUCACAAUAAGAUAGAUUUAGGGCAAACUGCAGUGAUUUUACUAAUUCAUUACAUAUAGGUUUGUUUU